UAACGGCAAUUGACUGAGAAAAUCAUGUCGUUAAAGUCACGUUAAAAGAAAAACCCGUCGUCAAUUGACUUACAAGAAAAUGAAAACUAAUAAAUGUGAGAUGAUAAGAUAAAACAGUGAAAUGGUGAGAUAACACAAUUAUCUGAACGAUUUUCGAAAAUCUGAAAAUCUUGCUCUUGUCAUGUUUUAAAGUACAAAUUUUUUGAUGGAGAAUUGUGAAGUUAUUCAUCAGGGGUGGUUAUUUAUUAAUAUUGAUAGUCCGCAUUCUGUGUUAAAACGUAAAUCAAAAGGACAGUGGAAGCAAAGAUACUUUGUAUUUUACAGAGAGCCUGAAAAUGUUGAUAAAAUCAUCUUAGCAUGUUUUAAAAAAGAAGAGAAUUUAAAGAAUUUAACUCCUAAACACAUUCUAAAACUAUAUCCAAAAUAUAAAAUUGCAAAAAUUUAUAAUUUUAAAUCAAAAGAGCAAGUGUUGGAGGUUAACAACUUUGAAGAACAAUGGUUUUUAUCAGCUAGUGAUAUAAAAAUUAUUGAUCUUUGGGCUAUUCAAAUACAAAUGCAAACAAAAUUAAAUCAAUAUUUAUCUGGACGUGUGUUUCAGGUAUCUGGGGCUGUAAACAAGCACAUGCAAAAGAUUGGCGCAGCACAACAAAGAUGUUUGUUGCAAUUCACAAAAUGGGGAGUCACAUUAGCAUUACAAGACUCCAGAGCUAUACUAUCAAUGUGGCCACUGACUACUAUUCGUAACUAUGAAUUUUCAGGACAAUGUAUUUUUUCUAUUGAAGCUGGUCGUAAAGCUCCUAUGGGAGAAGGGUUAUUUACAUUUUAUACCAAUAUUGGUGAAGAUAUAGAAAUGUUUAACACUAUUGAUAACUUUGUUCAGGAAAAUUUAAAUAAAAAAGCAAUUAUAAAUUCAGAAAGUAGAAAAAAUGAUGAAAUUUCUGAAACUUAUGACAAACUUUAUUUGGCAGCAACAGGUUUUGAUUCAAGUCUUUGUAACCAAAGUAACAACAAGUAUUCACAUGGUUUUUCUACAAGAUCAUUAAAAAAUUCAGAAAGCAGCCCCAUAUCAAUAUCUAAACCUCCUGACUAUAAUACGUUAUUUAAAAAUAAAGACAAAAAUUCUUUAAAAAUCCAUGAUGGAUCAUCUCAAGAUUUAUCAGGUAAUAGAUUUUAUGAUCAUUUAAGUAACGCAGAAGUUAAAGAAUCGUCUGAUACAAAAGAAUGCUAUGAUCAUAUAAAUCAAUUUAGUUCUACUAGAGUUAGUGAAAGCAGUUAUGACACAUUAAUUCAUAAUGAGACUGGUUUUGACUUUCAAAGAAUGCUUUCGCAAGAGAACGAUUUAGAUUUUAGUUUUUCUUCAAAAGAAGAUGUAUUUUCAGAUCUACAUGCAGAAGGUUCUACAAAAUUCAAAGAUUCGAGUACAUUACUCUCAAAAUCAUUUAAUGACACUCACGAGUUUCAAAAUAAGAUUUACACACCUAGUUUAGUAAAGAAAACCUCUGGAUCAGAAGUAAGUCAACAUCACAUUUCAAUGCCAAAUGUUAGUCAAAAUUCUUUUUCAAGAAAAAAUCAGAGCUCAAUAAGGCACCAUUCAUCCAGUGAUCAUAAGGGAACGCCUGAGUUUAAUAACAAAUGUAUGAAAGAUAUAGCGGAUCAUUUUCUCUAUCAAACGCCAUCGUCUUUAAAUUCUUUAAAUUUAUCCGAAAAUAAAUGACUUCAUCAAGUAACCUUCGGAUAAAUUUAUAGAUUUAAUAAUUUAUAAAAUUAACAAUUUUGUGCACAUAUAAAUGUUUGUAUUUUUAAGAUAAGAAAAUAAAAAUCCUUAAUCAAU